AGCUACAGCGAGGCAGGCAGGAAAGGAAGAGUGGUACGGGUGUGUCGGUGCACACUUUUGAUCUUAGCAGUCUGGGAGCCAGAGGCGAGAGGAUCUCUGAGUUCAGGCCUGCCCAGCCAGGAGUACACAGCGAGAUGCUGUCUUCAAGGAGCAAACAGACCCAGAAAGCCUUACGUGCUCCCUGACCGAUGUCUUUCCCCGCCUCUUACUUUCCAGCAAUGUCUCUGCCGCGGGGUGACGUGACUGCCUUGUUCCUGGGGCCUCCAGGCUCGGGAAAAUCCGCGCUGAUCGCCGCAUUAUGCGACAAGAAUGUGGACAUGGUAGACAUCCCUGAAGGACGACGGGACUCUGGGGUCCCCAGCCUGAGAGCUGCGGCUCCAGGCCUUUUCCUGGGUGAGCUCAGCUGCCCACCUGCAGCUCCUGGCCCAUGGGCGGCGGAGGCCAACUUGCUAGUUUUGGUGCUACCAGGAUCUGAGGGGACCGAGGAGCCCUUAACCCCAGCUCUGGGAGAAGCAGCGAGGGCCGCCCUGGCCAGAGGGACCCCGCUGCUGGCUGUACGGAAGUUGCGUCCUGGAGAUUCCCAGAAUGCAUCUCAGGCCCGGGAUGAGACUGCUGCGUUGCUGGACAGUGCUGGGUUAGGAGCUGCAACUCUCUUUGUGUUGCCGGAGGACUGCGGCGGCACCAGCAGCAGCGACUGCUGUGAGGAGCUAGAGCGCCUGCAGGCGGCGCUGCGGACGCAGGCGGAGGCGCUGCAGAGGCUCCUGCCUCCUGCCCAGGAUGGCUUCGAGGUGCUGGGCGCAGCAGAGCUGGAAGCUGUGCGUGAGGCCUUCGAGACUGGUGGCCUGGAGGCGGCGCUGUCAUGGGUGCGCGCUGGCCUGGAGCGCCUGGGCAGCGCACGACUGGACCUGGCUGUGGCCGGAGCCGCCAACGUAGGCCUUGUGCUGGAUAUGCUGCUGGGAUUGGAUCCUGGCGACCCCGGUGCUGCGCCUGCCUCGAUGCCCACUGAGCCCACCCCUUAUCCGGCUCCAGAGCGCCCCAACGUAGUGCUCUGGACUGUUCCCCUGAGCCCCACGGCCACAUCCCCUGCCGCCACCCCUCACCCGACUCACUACGAUGCCCUGAUCCUCGUCACCCCUGGGGCUCCCACCGAGAAGGACUGGGCCCAGGUUCGCUUAUUGGUGUCACCAGAAGCUCCACUCGUCGGUGUGCGCACGGACGGCCAGGGUGAGGAUCCACCCGAGGCUCUGGAAGAAGAAAAGACCAAGAGUGCUAGCGACGGGAGCUCUGGGGAUGCAGGCAGAGAAGGAAAGGAGAAACCUAGAGUCGAGGACUCGGGGGACACGGACGCACGGAGCCCGGUGGACGAGCCAUGGGAGGUGCUGGAGGAGGCGCUUCCGCCUGUGUUCCCGCUGAGGCCGGACAGCUUCCCGGGGCUGAGCACCUGGCUGCAGCGCGCCCUGCCCACCGCUCAGGCCGGGGCGCUGCUGCUGGCGUUGCCACCCGCAUGUCCCCGCGCGGCGAGGAGGAAAGUGGCAGCUCUGCGGGCAGGAGCGUGGAGGCCGGCCCUGCUAGCCAGCCUGGCGGCCGCUGCCGCCCCAGUACCAGGAUUAGGCUGGGCUUGCGAUGUGGCGCUCCUCCGGGGACAGCUGGCUGAGUGGCGGCGCGCGCUAGGCCUGGAACCCGCGGCCGUGGCACGACGGGAGCGCGCCCUGGGCCUGGCUCCCGGGGUAUUGGCCGUGCGCACGCGCUUCCCGGGCCCGGUGACUCGAGCCGAGGUGGAGGCCAGGCUGGGUUCUUGGGCAGGCGAGGGUACCGCCGGAGGCGCGGCGCUAGGCGCGCUUUCCUUCCUAUGGCCCGCGGGUGGCGCUGCGGCGGCAACAGGUGGCCUGGGUUACCGUGCAGCCCACGGUGUACUGCUGCAAGCCCUGGAUGAGAUGCUGGCUGAUGCUGAGGCGGUGCUGGGCCCCCCAGAGCCCAACCAAUGAGGGGUGUGGUGGGGGGCUAAGGAGGUGUCUGGUGACUUGGUUGCUGGCCCCACAGCCUCUGGGAUUGAGGGGUGAAGAGUGGUACCCAAACCCAGGGAUUUGAAGGAGACUGACUUCUCAUUGAAAUCUGCGACUCACGGUCACCUGAUUUCCUGGGUUCUGACGCCAGAA